AUGAUGGAUGCGAUACUUAAUUCAAAUCAAAAAUUUAUUCCAUCAAAGAAAAUUAGCAAAUUAGACCAUUAAAAAUUCAAAGUAAUUAAAACAGAAGUAAAAAUUAGUAAAAUAAAUAAGUUGAUAAUGCAUAAGCGUAAAAAAACGAUGAAAAAUAAGUUAAAACUUGCCAGAGAGAAGGAGAGUCAAAAACAACAUAGGAAAUAUCUUAAAAAAUAGUUAAUAUUGUAAAUGAAGACUUUUAGUAAUAGUUUUCCUCUUAAGUAUAUAAAGACUAAAUUAAAAAUAAAGAGUAAUUCGAUAAUACUAAUAAUCACCAAAUUAAAUUAGAAAAUAAAGGAGGUAUAGAAGAAGCAUAGUAUACAAAUUAGAGUGAUAAAUUUUAAGAAGAGGAAAUUACGUCUAUAAUUAAAUAAAUGUCAAGCGAUAGUUAUAUAACAGACUAAAGCUUAUCAUAAAGCAUUCAAAUAACCAGUGAGAAAAUUAAAGAAGAAUGUAUUCCACUCAUGCAAGGUAAAACAUUACGAUUGUCUGAUAAAACAAUAAAAGGCUAACAAUUUGAGCGUUUAAUUGACUAAUUCUUUUAUCUAAAACAUAAAGAGUUCAUUUCUUUAAAAAAGCAAUAUGAAGAAUACGGAUUUGAAGAUUAUGAAUAAAAAUAAUAAAAUAGAGGUGAUUAAACUAGAGUAAUUAUAGAAAGAUAAUGGAAGUAAGAGAUAUUUGAUGCUAUCAAUAAAGGUGAAUUUAACAAUAAUAAUUUUGAAAAAUAAAAAAGUGAUAUAAUUAAUAUACUUAAGAAUUAAAAUCUUUAUAUCUGCAAGUUGUUACAAUCAAGUGAAAAAGGAGAUUUAUUUAUUGGAUAUGAAGAACUAGACAUAGCUUAAUAUAAAGAUCAACUGA